AUGGGGUUGGACCACCGUGUCAUUUAUGGUCAAAGGCUUGGCUUCAUUUGCAUUUCUCUUUUGUUUCUGAUUAUUUCAAGCUGGAUCCAAAAGGGGCUUGUUGUUGAAGGUAGAAAGACUCAAAAACAAAACGAUUUUGACCAGACAAUAGUUGAGGAUAAAACUAUCCUGAGGUCACAAAUAGGUUCAAGGCCACCAAAAUGUGAGAGAAGGUGUAGAUCAUGCGGACACUGUGAGGCUAUUCAGGUACCUACAAACCCCCAAGCCCAGAAGGGAAAGAUAAACUCACCCAAGUUCUCUACAAUUGCUUAUGCCAGGGUAGAUGGAAAUUCCAACUACAAACCCAUGAGUUGGAAGUGCAAAUGUGGGAACCUCAUUUUCAACCCUUAA